AUGGUGUUGGCAGAGUUGGGAGGGAGUAUCUCCCGAGCUAUACAGCAGAUGAGCAAUGCCACCAUUAUUGAUGAGAAGGCAUUGAACGAGUGUCUGAAUGAGAUCACUCGUGCUCUGCUGCAAUCUGAUGUGCAGUUCAAGCUCGUCCGGGAUAUGCAAGCCAAUAUUAAGAAGAUUGUCAAUCUUGACGAUCUUGCUGCUGGCCACAACAAGCGGAGGAUCAUCCAACAGGCAAUAUUCAAUGAGCUCUGCAAAAUGUUGGAUCCUGGGAAGCCUUCUUUCAUUCCAAAGAAAGGAAAAACAAGUGUGGUCAUGUUUGUUGGUUUACAAGGUUCCGGGAAAACUACUACAUGUACAAAAUAUGCAUAUUAUCAUCAAAAGAAGGGCUGGAAGCCUGCUUUAGUUUGUGCAGAUACAUUCAGAGCUGGUGCUUUUGAUCAGCUGAAGCAGAAUGCGACUAAAGCUAAGAUUCCAUUCUAUGGAAGCUACAUGGAAUCGGAUCCUGUAAAAAUUGCCGAGGAAGGUGUAGAGAGGUUCAAGAAGGAGAACUGCGAUCUUAUAAUAGUUGAUACUAGUGGUCGUCAUAAACAGGAGGCUGCCCUCUUUGAGGAAAUGCGUCAAGUUGCUGAAGCCACGAAACCAGACCUUGUCAUAUUUGUCAUGGAUAGCAGCAUAGGUCAAGCUGCAUUUGAUCAGGCUCAAGCAUUUAAGCAAAGCGUUGCUGUUGGAGCCGUGAUUGUUACUAAAAUGGAUGGUCAUGCAAAAGGUGGUGGUGCUCUUAGUGCUGUUGCUGCAACAAAGAGCCCUGUCAUCUUUAUUGGAACAGGAGAGCACAUGGAUGAAUUUGAAGUAUUUGAUGUGAAGCCAUUCGUUAGUCGUCUUUUAGGCAUGGGUGACUUAUCUGGAUUCAUGGAUAAGAUACAAGAGGUUGUUCCCAUGGAUCAACAGCCCGAACUCCUGCAGAUGCUCUCAGAAGGGACCUUUACUUUAAGGAUUAUGUAUGAGCAAUUUCAGAACCUUCUCAAGAUGGGUCCUAUUGGCCAGGUAUUUUCAAUGCUUCCAGGGUUUAGCUCUGAAUUAAUGCCAAAAGGUCGCGAGAAGGAAAGUCAGGCAAAGAUCAAGCGAUAUAUGACCAUGAUGGACUCCAUGACAAAUGAAGAGCUGGACAGCACGAAUCCAAAGCUGAUGAACGAGUCGCGGAUGAUGAGGAUAGCAAGAGGGUCGGGGCGUCCACUCAGAGACGUGAUAGAGAUGUUGGACGAGUACAAGCGGCUUGCGAAGGUGUGGAGCAAAAUGAAGGGGCUGAAGAUCCCGAAGAAGGGCGAGAUGAGCGCGUUGUCGAGGAACAUGAAUGCGCAGCACAUGAGCAAGGUUCUGCCUCCCCAGAUGCUGAAGCAGAUUGGCGGCAUGGGUGGGUUGCAGAGUCUGAUGAAGCAAAUGGGUGGCGGCAAGGACAUGAAGGACAUGAUGGGAAUGCUCGGAGGUGGAGGCGACAAUUGA